AUGGCCCAGAACCGGGUACAAAUGCAAGAUCCCACUAAGGAGGGUCCGGCGGAAACGGAGCCUGGCAAUGUCCAACAGGAGCCUGGGGAAUCCUGGAAAGUAAAGCCAUAUCUGACAGCACUUCCAGCUGCCCUGAUGAAGUUUACAAAUCUCCAAAGAGCAAAAACGCCUACCUCUUUAGGUGCAAAGAUUUUACCAGGUGCAAAACGGAAGGUUCUCCUGGAGGGGUCAUUUGGCUUAGGACCUCUGGUUUUCUCUUCUUGCCAGCGGUUCAACAACAUUAACUCCUUCCUAGCUUUGUAUUGUACUGUGGUCCUAGCUCAAGGUAUUGUAUUAGGUCUUACUGAUCUGAGUAUUAUAAAUUUUGAGAAGGAUUUUUAUCUGUCAAACACAGAGAAAAUUCUGUUGACUACCUCUUACGAUUUAGCAUCUUUAUUGGUAGCAAUACUUGUAGCACACUUUGGACAUAGAGGGAACAGGGCAAGAUGGGUGGCAGCUGCUGCCUUUGUAGUAGGACUUGGAUCAGUUUCACUUGCUGUACCAUACUUGAAAUAUGAAAUUGUAAGACCAGUGGAAGAAAGUGAAGAGUUGUGCAUAGAAGAGGAACUUAGGACAGUGCCAUUUUGUGGGGAAAACAUAACACCACACAGAUCAGAGAUUAUCUAUCUCUUCAUACUCGGCCAGUUUCUCCAGGGAUUUGCAGGAAUGCCGAUUUAUAUCCUUGGCUUGACCUUCAUUUAUGACCAUGUUUCUACAUCCUUGGCUGGCAUCUAUAUAGGUAUCGGGUAUGCUGUACAAGUACUGGGAUAUGCUCUGGCUUACAUAGUCGGAGCAAGAAAUACUAGACCUUCACAUAAUCACAUUCCAGCAGCAGAGGUGACUCAUUCCUCUCUAUGGUGGCAGAUGAAUUGGUGGGCUGGCUUUCUUAGUGCCACUGCACUUGCAUGGUUGGCAAUUUUGCCACUGCUAUGUUUUCCAUCUAUUCUACCUGGAGCAAACAAGAUAAGAUUUCAGAAAAAAAUGGGAUCUUUCACCAUAGACAGAAGCUUUAAAGAUAAGAAAUUUGGAUCUGGUUGGACGGAUUUGUUUCAAGCCCUUCGGUGUUUGUUCAGUAACCCGCUGAUUUUAUGCUAUGCGAUGAGCAAAGCCACAGAAGCCCUGACUUUUGUUGGAGCUGCAGAAUUUUUGCCAAAAUAUUUAGAAAAUCAGUUUUUGUUAACGCCCUCCUUUGCCACUCUGCUCACAGGAAUAAUUUUAAUUCCAGGAGGUGCAAUUGGAAAUUUCCUGGGAGGUUUCAUUGUUUCCAAGUUGAAACUGUCUUGUAAAAGCCAAAUGAAGUUUAUAUUGAUUACAUCUAUUUUAUCACUUUUGCUGUUGAUAUUAAUCGUUUUUGUAGACUGUGAGACAGUGAAAUUUGCUGGAAUCAAUGAUGAUUAUGAUGGAUCUGGUACCUUAGGGAACCUCUCAGCUCGAUGCAAUGCCCACUGCGGGUGUACAAGUUCGGACUAUUCUUCUGUGUGUGGGAGAGAUGAGACCGAAUAUUUCUCUCCCUGCUUUGCCGGCUGCUCAGAGAGUAAAAACUUGAACAAUGAAAAGACAUUCUACAAUUGUUCUUGCAUUCAAGAAGGAGUGACACACUCAGAUACUGAAAGUGAUUCAAUUGAUGCCAUUCCUGGAAAAUGUAUUACCAAGUGUUUUACAUUACCUUUGUUUUUUGCUUUUUUCUUUUCUGCGAUUGCUUUUUCUGGUACAGCUAGUAUACCAAUAACCUUGAUUAUGCUCCAAACUUUACCUCACCAUUUGCAAUCACUGGGCAUAGGUGUGACCUAUACAAUUUUGAGAUUAUUUGGAUCCAUCCCUGGACCACUGCUUUUUCAAGUCACAGCAAAUAAUUCUUGUCUUUACUGGGACGUUAAUAAAUGUGGAGUCAGAGGACGUUGUUGGAUCUAUGAUAAGUUAAAAAUGAUCUUCAUAUUGAUGGGACUAUGUAUUUCUUCCAAAUUGGCCACUACCUUGCUUAUUCUUUUUGCGUUUCUUAAAUAUAAUGUAGUAAAAGUUGACAGCAGUGAGAACCUGGCCAUGCCUGCUUGCAACGCGCUGCCCAGAGAAUGCCAUGCCUGUGUUUUAAAGUUAUUCCUUCAGUUUGGAGGAUCUAAAACCAAACAGGCUACGCGUUGCCCUGUGACUGGUGAUGGUGGUGUGGAGGAAGGGCUUGGUGGUAAAGUCCUAUUACACUGUUCCUGGAAUUCAAAGUAUUAUACCUGA